CCAAGACAUACUGAAGGAAUUAUAUCUCAUCGUUGGCUUGGAAAUGCCUUAGGAUUGCCCAUAAGUUGCUGGUAUCUCACCUUUGUUAGAGAAAUCUGGGCUGAUCUGCUUAACAUAUUGCUAACUCGCUGCAUUUUGUUGUCAAAUUUAGACCGUGCAUUGUAAAAUCGAUCCAAUCCCAUGAUCUUGUUCCUGCUCUUUUCACUAUAAGCUCAGUUUGUUGAUUCAUGCGAUCAGUGAUUAAAUAUUAACCCCUAGUUUCGAUUACUGUGCACACAUGCAAACAGCUAUACCAGCAGGUGUUCGUCUUUGCACCACUUUUGCAUAACUGAGUGAAGGAGCAGGCACUCUGGCAUCUCCUUACAAAGACGUCAGGGUCGGUGUUCCAGUCAGCAUAAUGCGAGGUUGAUCGAGCGAGGUCGUGUGGAGAUGACAGAGGCGCAUCAUGCUGCACACCUCUCCGAUUCCACUGCUGUUUUGUGUUUAGGAGGUCAUGCUUGCGCUCUCCCCCACCUCUGGGCUCCGUUCAGGACCUGUGCGGAUUGGUAAAGUGAUCCUGCGAUGCGUGAAUACAAGCUUGUGGUGUUAGGCUCUGGAGGUGUGGGGAAGUCAGCACUGACAGUACAGUUUGUCCAAGGAAUCUUUGUGGAGAAAUAUGACCCCACAAUAGAAGACUCUUACAGAAAGCAAGUAGAAGUGGACGGGCAGCAGUGUAUGCUUGAGAUUCUGGACACAGCCGGAACGGAGCAGUUCACAGCGAUGCGGGACCUGUACAUGAAAAACGGCCAAGGCUUUGCUCUGGUCUACUCCAUCACAGCGCAGUCCACGUUCAACGACCUGCAGGAUCUGCGAGAACAGAUCCUUAGAGUAAAGGAUACAGAAGAUGUGCCGAUGAUUCUGGUCGGUAAUAAGUGCGAUCUGGAGGAUGAACGAGUGGUCGGGAAGGAGCAGGGACAGAAUCUGGCUCGCCAGUGGAACCAUUGUGCCUUUUUAGAGUCCUCUGCAAAAUCAAAGAUCAAUGUUCUUGAUAUCUUUUAUGACCUGGUCAGACAGAUAAAUAGAAAAAUGCCAGUGGAAAAGAAGAAAGCAAAAAAGAAAUCCAACUGUGCGCUUCUGUAGCGUUCCUGUCCUACAGCUACUCAGAGCUAGAAUGCUGUAAUGAAGUGUUGCCCCUUUUGGACCGUGCCAGCAUUGCCAUCUUUACCUACGGGCCAGUAGACUGCCAGACCUGAAGGAAACACAAAGAGAGAACAUGUGGAUUCCAUCUCUUAUUGAUGAAAAUUGGAGGAGAAACCUUUAUUUCUCACAACAUGAGUAGGACUCGCUAAGCAGACGCAGAAGAUCUUCCAGAAACUUGCCGCAGAUUAUCUUUAUGUAAUCCAAACAUAUGGGAUUCUGUUUAAUCAACCACAAAUACUUAUAUAAGUGUAUAGACUGUAUAUGAGGACAGUGUCUGAAUCAUGUAAUGGCCUUAAAAAAGGAGGAUGGAAAAUGUAAGGAAUUAGAAAUGUAUACUGUGAUAAAUUGGAAUCCUAACACUUCAGUUAUUGAUUGGAUUUUACCUAAAGAAAAAUUGCCGCAGAGAAUGACGGAGGAAAUAUUACCAGUGUUUCUCAUAUUCAGCAGCAUCCAGCACAUUAAGGAAGUGGAAAAUGCACCAGCAUGACCACACGGUGUAGAUGUUGUAAUUUAAUUUCGUGUUUUGCCUAGCUGAAGUAUUUCACUUGUGUUCAAAUAUAGAGAUAAAGGUUCAUAAGCUGUAUAUAAAAAAACCUUCAUCUUGCAUAUAUAUGGACGUUUUUAACAGCCUGAUCCCCUAAGCUGACUAUUUUCUACCCAGUCACUUAGUUUUCGUAGCUCUCAUAUUGUAAUAUCUAUUUUUGGACAUGUAAGACUAUGGAUCUUUUUAUAGUGGACACAUUGGUGUGAUGCAGAACGACCGACUGUUUUCAAGAAUUUGUCUCUCGAGUCCAAAAUAUAUUGUUCUAUGUCUCGUAUGGUUUCUCAUGCAGUUCUGUCAGAUGUUCUGGCUUUUAUGUGUGAUUAAAAUUGUGGGGUGUGGUUUUGUUAUAUUGAACAA